UCUCAAUUGCUCAUAUCAGCCAGGGACUAAUUAAAUCCUUAGGCAAAGAUGGGUGUCUCUCUUUUCCAACUCACUGUCCAAAGAAGGUGUAUAAAAGGGGACUCAGGAGCCCAGAACACUUCAUACUGCUCCUUUUCUCUCUGCAUCCAAGUCAAGCUUCUCUUGAUUUCUUUCUCCCGAGAGAACCAGACAGCAUCCACCACACAGACAUGUCUUGUCAAACACCAAUUUGCUCCAUCCCUUGUUCCAGCCCUUCAAUUGGUCUCGGGUCUGGUGGGUUUGGAUCUGGUGGUGGCUAUGGAGGUGGCUAUGGAGGUGGCUAUGGAGGUGGCUAUGGAGGUGGCUAUGGAGGUGGCUAUGGAGGUGGCAUCUCUGGUGGUGCUGUUUCCUCCAGCAGCCUCGGCAUCAUCCCCGGGGCCAGCGUUGGCUGCAUCAGUCAGGUUCCACCAUCGGAAGUGGUGGUCCAGCCCCCUCCCUUUGUGCUGACCAUUCCUGGGCCCAUCCUCUCUGCAAGCUGUGAUCCAGUGUAUGUGGGGGGCUACAGCCCAUGCGCUAGUGGUGGUUAUGGCUCUGGGUCUUCUGGUUAUGGCUAUGGGUCUUCUGGUUAUGGCUACGGGUCUUCUGGUUCCGGUUAUGGCUGUGGAGGAGGUUCUUCUGGAGGUUACAUUGGCGGAGGCUACAAGGGCGGCAACCGAGGACAUGGCCCGUCAUCAAAGUGCUACCCUUGCUAAACAAAGAUAGCUGAUGUGAGAAGACCGGGACUAUCGAGAAAUUGCCAGACCCCCCAGGACAGAUUCUGCUGCCGGCUUCAUACUUAGGAAUGCCUUUCUAUACUUGUGGAGGAAAAAGGCAGAUCUCUGUCAUAUGUCCCUUCCUCUACCCACCCACCCCUUGGAACUUUCUCUGGACAAUUAUAUGCUUUUCCACAUUCUUCUCUAACUAUGCAAGGGGACUCUCUUUUCCCCAGUACAUCAGGACUGAAUAUCAUGUGCAAAAGGUCCUGCCUGCCUCUGUGUGUCUCACUUCCUCAAGACUGCCCUCUCCUUACGUGGCUUGUCUUCAUACUGUUCAUUUCCUAAUAAAGCUUAACGUGCAUCAUA